AUUAAAUAACCAUGUCUUGGGAUGCUUAUGUUUCAAAUUUGACAGCAAAUGGAGCACUUGAAUAUGCUGGCAUUAUUGGAUUAGAUGGAAACAUUUGGGCAAGCAAUUUCGGUGUUGCAGCCCUUCCUUCUUAUCAAGCUGAAGUACCAGAUGAGAAGAACCCAGAUGUUAUCAACCAGGUUGCCUAUGAUGAGAAAGCUGCUUUUGUUCAUGCUCUCAAACACAAUGGAAACAGCGGAAAUGCAGCUGGAGUUAGAAUCAACAAUCAAAAAUAUUAUUCAGUUCAAUUCGAUUCUGAGGCUAAGUCAUGGUAUUUGAAGAAGGUAUAUUACAACAUGAUAAUCAAUAGAACAAAGGAGGAGCUUGCAUUGCUUGGGCUAACACCGUCGCUGUCUUUGCUUCAUUCUCCCAAACCAUCAAUGCUGAAAAUGGAGCUACUUAGAAUGCUGCUGAAUGCAACAAACGUGUCAUUGACAUGGCAAAGUACCUUGCUGACUCUGGAUAUUGAGUUGUUAUGUUCACAUUAAACAUAAAAUAAAUAUACAUC